ACACCGGAAGUGGGCGGGCUGUCAGUCACAGACCUAAACAUGGCGUGCUCGCAGGGCAGCAGGACCAGCGACACACUGUUUUCCUUACCGUGGAAAACACAACAGCACACGGGGAUUUUCUGUCUCGUCCUGGCGAUAUGUUUGACGUGGCAGCCCGCCUCAGCCAAGCCGAACAGCUUGAAGGAAAUCACCGACGGCAACUGGGAGGAAAUCCUGAGCGGAGAAUGGAUGAUUGAAUUCUUUGCACCCUGGUGUCCAGCAUGCCAGCAGCUCCAGCCUGUGUGGAAUGAGUUUGCGGAAUGGGGGGAGGACAUGGGGGUCAACAUAGCCAAGGUGGACGUGACAGAGCAGCCGGGUUUGAGCGGUCGAUUCAUCAUCACCUCUCUGCCAACCAUUUACCAUUGCAAGGAUGGUGUGUUCCGAAAAUACCAAGGGGCUCGCACUAAAGACGACUUCCUGAGUUUCGUCGAUGAGCAGAAGUGGCAGGCGAUAGAGCCUGUUUCCUCUUGGUUCGGGCCAUCGUCCUUUUUAAUGAAUUCAAUGUCUGCUUUGUUCAAGCUCUCCAUGUUUAUCCGGCGUUGUCACAACUACAUGACAGAGCAGCUGGGCAUUCCUGUUUGGGGAUCAUAUGUUAUCUUUGGCCUGGCCACCCUUUUCUCCGGCCUUGCAUUGGGACUGAUAUUGGUGUUCAUUGCAGAUUUUGUCUUCCCCUCACGCCGAUUUUCUUCCUCAGAGUACUAUCAGAAGAAACAGACGAUGGACCAAGCAAGGUUAAUCCAGCAGCAGGAAGAGGAGCACGAGGCCGAUGCCGAGGAAGAGGAAGACGAAGAGGAGGAGGAGGAGGAUGGGGAGCAGGACGAGGUGUGGAGGAGGAGGAGGAGAGGGUCCCCCGAGGGCCGCCCGGAGCCCAAGGGACACGGUUACCCAGACGAAGCUCUGAGGAAGAGGGUGGUGGGCAACCGCGAGGACGAGGAGGACACCUAGAGAGGCUGCAGGAGAAGCGCAAGUGGCCCCUCCUCCUUUUGAGAAGAGCGAUGUGGGGUCGGCAGAGACGGAGGAGCCUUGGUCCUGAGCAGCAGCAGUGUUUACAGCUGGGAGCCCCAACCCCCCUCCCUCCCCUGGGCUCCCAGCAAGGCCUCGCUUCUUUUCUUCUCCUUCCUUCCCUUCCUUCCUUCACUUCACUGGGAGCACUUUGGACUCUCACAACCGCUCUCACCUCCUGACCAGCAGGCUCCACCUGGAGAGGCAGACAGCCCCAACACCCGCUCUCCCUUUUGGAAACAAAUCGCCGGGGUGAGGUUUAGGUAUGAAGUGCAGUAGAGCUGGAUUUUAGCAAUUUUUGUGUAUGCUAUGCAUCUUUUACACUUUUGUGUCAUCGUAUGUUUAUCUCUGUUGAAAUAUUUUAUGUACCCUCAUUUCGUGGUGUUUUAUUUUCCAUGAUGUAUACCUAUAUUUUAUGCGUCAUACUGUAUGUAUUUCAGAAAUUCUAUCAUUUAUUUCUAACAAAGUCCAUGACAGUUUAAUCCACCAUUAUUUUACCAUGCUCCCGUUUGCACUUUUGGUGUGUAUUAGAGCAGGGAGCGCAAAGAAAUUGCCCCAAAAUGUUAAUAGAGGACUCAGUGACAUUUAAAUGUCAGCCCUGUCUCCUAUCAUUUCUGUAUAAAGUGUGCAUGCUUUGGGCACAGGUGCAUAUGACUUGUUUUUUGGGGCAGGGACCCUUCGUAUGACGGUGGUGUUUUGCUCAGCAAUCUCACCAACAUAUUGACUUUGAGCUGCACUGUUGUCUGUCUGCAGUGUCGUCUCUGUAAGACUGGAUCACGUGAGACAGGCGCUGAUGAACAGGAGCUAUACUCCACCUCUGUUAUUACUUCCUCCAAAUAAAAGGCCUGGUGAAUGUUGUUAGAUUGUGCUGUGAAUACAGUAUAUUCCCAUUAUGUGAUGAUCAGCAUUACUGAUCAUCACACAGUGGGGAGUUUCUUUUUUUUCCAACGUUGUUUACUUGUUUUUCUCUCAUUAGUAAAGGAGGUUUUUACGUAUUGAUCCCAGAUAUGUUGCCGACCAUCAAAUACAGUGCACUGCAUGCCGUUAUACCACCAAAUAGGGGAGCACUUCAGUCCCCUUUUCAUAAAUUAAUCAUCAUAUAUGGAGUGAAGUUUGACGUGUCCGUCCUAAAGUUGCUGUCUUUGCUCUGCUAAAUGAAAUAGCAAGAGGGCCAGUCCAAAACAAAACUGUCCUUUUAACAAAGGGAGGCAUAAUUCAGCAUACUGUAAUCUUUUUCCUUUUAUUUCAUUUUCAAUUGGAUUUAAAGUCUUAACAUGGAUAGGUUGAACAUUGAUGAAUUCAGUUGACUAAAUGAGUGCCAUUUUACAUAUAGGGUUUAUCAUUAAACUAAUUGAACUCAUUAGCAGUUAAUCUUUUAUGCACCUUUUGAGAACAUCGGUGUCACUCUUGACAUGAAGCCUAUUCAUCUCUGCUUUGUAAAGCAAAAAGGUACAGUGUCUGACCAGUAUUGACAAAACAUGUUUCAGUCUGUGGUUUUGAUGAUGCUUGCAUAGGUUCUGUUUUUCAUGCUGCUCUUUUAUUCCAAAAAAUAGCUAAUUAUUAAUCAUUUUGGUGACGGUUGAAACAGGCUAGAGUUGUUACCCAACCACUAUUUAUGGCUUGUAGCAUUCACACUUUUCCUUUGGGUGCAUAACUCUGAGCCGACUGUGCUCCUUACUGUGUGUGUGUGAGCAUUUCUUUCAAUAAAGGAUCAACUUUCAAAACCAA